AUGUCCGACGCCAUGGACGAGACUGAACCUCCAAUUGUCGAUUGUGAUGUUCUGGAGGCCGCAAAAGAGAAUAUCCAGCCUCUAGCCUCAGGACGACGCGUCACAGCUCUGUCCGCCAUCCUCUCUACCCCACACGCUCAACGUGAAAGUCGCCUCGCUGCUGCCCGGAAUCGCCAUCGGAUAAACGUCGAAGUCGCGCUGGAGGAUGAUGAUGACGAUCCAUUGGAAGCUUACUGUCGAUUUGUCUAUUGGACAGUCGAGAAUUAUCCGCAGGGCCACAGUGCCGAGUCCGGGCUGCUCGAACUGCUAGAAGAAGCUACACGCGUUCUCAAGGAUAAUAGUGGGGGAAAGUGGCGAGGUGACAUGCGAUACCUGAAGUUGUGGGUGCUGUAUGCGAGCUACGUGGAGAAACCCGCGAUCGUAUUCAAGUUUUGCAUGGUGAACGAGAUCGGAACAAGCCACGCGCUACUGUACGAAGCGUACGCGACGGUGCUUGAGCGGGCAGGGAGACGGACCGAAGCGGACGAAGUCUACUUGCUAGGAAUUGCGCGGAGGGCAACACCUCUGGAGCAACUUGAAAGCAGGCACCGUGAGUUCCAGAAGCGUAUGAUGUCUUCAAUCACCUUGCCUCUCGCGGCCUCUGAGCCACCUACUUCAAGUUCUACCUCAUCGCGCAGGCAGGCACUUUCGGAGACAGCAUCAUCUACGCGCACUCGAGUGACCCGCUCUGGAUCCACACGAAGUCCCACUGUGCCUCAGGACGUGUUCUCCGCACCACCACCUUCUACGACACUUCCGCAUUCUAACGCGCGUCUACAAAUAUUUGUUGACCCUUCUGGUACUGGCGCUGCCGAGGCGCAAGGUAAUUCGUCUUCGACCGCGCCUUGGCCGGAGCUUGGAACGCGUAAGUCACGCGUCAAGGAGAACAUACCUGAAGUCAAAAAGGCAGCAGGAACUACCUUGCGCCAGACUGGUCGUGCACAGAGAGUGGCUGCAGCUCCUUCAGGCUCUAGAAUAGCCGUCUAUAGAGAUCCAGAGCCGGGUUCCAUAGACGAGGGCGAGGAGAUGCCAUCACCAUCUGCCACAGUUCCUAGAGAAAAGACGAAGAGCAAGAUAGUAGUGUUUCGUGACGACGAAUCUGCAGCAGAUGGUGCGACUAAUGGGCCCAUGUCUCCUACAACGCCAACUUUCGUCCCAUAUCGCGACGAAGAGCUGGGUACACCCUCGUCGUCGUCCGCUGUCCCUUCGUCCGUCAUCAAAGUGAAAGCGAUUGGAUCGCGGAAGGAGGGGCCUGGCACAACGGAGUCGGAAGCAUUGCGUAAGGAUCCCUUCAAGAACUAUGAAGCGUUUGAAAAACCUUCUGAAAGUUGA